AUGCUCAGGAAAAAGAGAAUUAAGGAGUUUUCUCAACAGUUACUCCCUGAUUUAGAUGUUGAAGAACGAAGAGACUUGAAACUAAAAGGUAUAAAAUUACCUCCUGUUUCACAGGCUCCAUUAUUUAACUAUUCUUCGUUAAUUCGACAUCUUGAUUACGGAGAAAUGUUAUAUGCUGUCGAAGUUUGGUGCAGCAAUUUACCUAAAAAAAGACCUGAUUCUGUUGUAUCUAUAAUGAGAGUUUUGUUGAGACUUUUUUUAAAUAAUGCUGGUCCUCUUUCUUCAUUAAAGCUUGCUACUCUUGGUGAAAAUUAUAACGAUGAAAAAUGUAUGAUAUUGACCGAACCUGAGAUUAAAAAUUUGAUUACCUCUGUGCGAACUCUUUCUCUAGACGGUUUUGACUAUAAUCAACAAGGUUUAUUAACUAGACUUCCAGAUUUAUGUCAGAAUGUGGAACAUUUAUAUCUUCGUGGUUGGUAUGGACAUCAACAAUAUAAAGUAGAUGAUAUAUCACAAACGAAUGACUCUGCUGCAGUCUCAUUACGAAGAUUAAUCAAAGCACAAAAAAAUUUAAAAACCUUUGACAUGAUAAAUUGUAGAGCCUACCUUGGUUACAUGAUAUCAGCAUUAGAUACUCAAUCAAUUUCAUUAAGAUCAAUGAAAUUUCGAUUAGUGGAUUUUAAAGAUUGUGGUCCAUGGGAAGGUUUAGCAUCAUGCAUGAAAUUAAAAAAUUUGGAGUUUUGGUUUUGUAAAGGAAUCACACAUAAAAUGAUCAAGCCCCUUUUAGGAAAAAUAUUUUCGGAAUUGGAAGAAGUUAAAUUAUUACAAUAUGGAAUUGGAUGUGAAGAAUUUAAUUAUUGGGCGAAUAAUAUUAAUGGAAUUAGUAGCACUAGUAAUUCUAACAUUUGUACUGUAGUGGAUGAAUUUGAAUUUGAAAACACAAUUAUUUGUUAA